AUGGCCCCAAUCCACGAACGCAUCCGCGACGACCUCCUGGCCAUGGAACGCCGCCUCUGGACGGCGCUGACGUCGGCGGACCCCGGCCCCGAGAUCAAGAAGAUGUCCAACGACGACGCCAACUUCCUCUUCCCGAAGCGCGACAUCCUCACGCUGCAGAGCAAGGACCCGUCCCUGUCGGAGGCGCUGAAGCCGCCCUUCCACCACUUCGAGGAGUACGAGCUCAAGGACGUGCGCGUCCUCAUCAUCGACCUGAUGGCGGGCACGGUCACUUACAAGAUCAACGCGCGGCUGCGCGGCAAGAUCCACUUCAACGGCACGGGGUCGACGACGUGGAGCCAGGGGUCCGACGGCGAGUGGCGGAUCGUGGUGCAUCAGGAGACGUCGUUGGAGUAG